CUGGAUGCUCGGUAUUGGCUCUAGAAUCGAUCACGUCCGGCUGCGGGUUUUUCAUUUCAUCCUCUCCCCCCAGUUUUUACCAGGGACCCCGCCCUUGCAAGGUCAGAAAGAGCCUGUUUGCAUUUAUCUUUUGCGUGUGAGAAAGGCCUAGGUUUUGCCAUGAGGGAGAUCGUGCACGUUCAGGCGGGGCAGUGUGGAAACCAGAUUGGAGCAAAAUUCUGGGAAGUGAUCUCUGACGAGCACGGAAUCGACCCAACUGGCACCUACCACGGCGACUCCGACCUCCAGUUGGAGAGAAUCAACGUCUACUACAAUGAAGCAUCUGGAGGUAAAUAUGUUCCCCGUGCCAUACUGGUCGACUUGGAGCCCGGAACUAUGGACUCCGUGAGAUCCGGACCUUUCGGUCAGCUCUUUAGACCAGAUAACUUUGUGUUCGGUCAGAGCGGAGCUGGCAACAACUGGGCCAAAGGUCACUACACAGAGGGCGCUGAACUGAUUGAUUCCCUUCUUGACGUCAUCCGAAAAGAGGCCGAGAGUUGCGACUGUCUUCAAGGAUUCCAGCUGACACACUCGCUAGGUGGCGGCACUGGUUCCGGUAUGGGCACUCUGCUCAUCAGCAAGAUCCGCGAAGAGUACCCAGACAGAAUUAUGCUCACAUUUUCUGUCGUCCCAUCACCUAAGGUAUCAGACACAGUUGUGGAGCCCUAUAACGCUACCCUCUCAGUCCAUCAGCUGGUUGAGAACACAGACGAGACAUACUGUAUCGACAACGAGGCUCUGUACGACAUCUGCUUCCGUACACUGAAACUGACCACCCCAACCUACGGUGACUUGAACCAUCUGGUGUCUGCUACCAUGUCCGGAGUCACAACCUGUCUCAGAUUUCCUGGUCAACUGAACGCUGAUCUUCGUAAACUAGCAGUCAACAUGGUUCCAUUCCCACGUCUCCACUUCUUCAUGCCAGGCUUUGCUCCACUUACCUCCCGUGGAAGCCAGCAGUACCGCGCACUGACAGUCCCUGAGCUCACCCAGCAGAUGUUUGAUGCCAAGAAUAUGAUGGCUGCCUGUGAUCCACGUCAUGGCCGUUAUCUCACUGUUGCUGCCAUCUUCCGUGGCCGUAUGUCCAUGAGGGAGGUUGAUGACCAGAUGUUGAACGUCCAGAACAAGAAUAGCAGCUACUUCGUCGAAUGGAUCCCAAAUAACGUGAAGACAGCCGUCUGCGACAUCCCACCACGUGGUCUCAAGAUGUCUGCCACCUUCAUUGGCAACAGCACUGCUAUCCAGGAGCUGUUCAAACGGGUCUCCGAGCAGUUCACUGCCAUGUUCAGGCGAAAAGCCUUCCUCCACUGGUACACUGGUGAGGGUAUGGAUGAGAUGGAGUUCACUGAGGCAGAGUCCAACAUGAACGACUUGGUCUCUGAGUACCAGCAGUACCAGGAUGCCACCGCCGAGGAAGAGGGAGAGUUUGACGAGGAGGAAGUGGAUGAAGAACCAGUUGCAUAAGCUAUAACUAGAACAGUUGUCUUGAUGGUUUAAUGUGCCACUCGAUGGAGACGUGGCCUUAUUAAUGCAUGCAGAAACUAUUUAUCAUGUUCAUCUAGUCGUGUCUUCCACUACACGUGGCUAUUCAAUGUGUAUUGUUAAUCAUGUAGGAAACAAACUUUACAAACUUCGUUUGGAUUUUGUUUAGUUUUUUCUAUUUUACGUCGUGACAGACAUGUUUGUUGUUUCUGUUCCUUGUUUGUUUUGCAUUAAUAACUACAUAAUCUAAUAAAUUUGAUUUCAAA